CAUGCCACAAAGAAGUGAAGAGUCGAGUAGUUGACAGUCGGAUGGAUUCGUGGUAAACAUCCUCUCAAAUAAUAGGCCAUACACUUCAAGAAACCGGCUUUUUCUUUCCAUAUAAAUGUAUUGUUCGCGAUAGAUAUGACAGAAAUGUUUUCAACUCUGUUUGGGCAAAAUGAAGCUCAGGUACCUCCCGGCUCGUCGUCUCUGGGUUUCGGACCGGGAAAACCUCCGCCGCCUCUGCCGCAAAAUCAAGUCUCCAUGGCGGGCCAGAUGCCACCGCAGCUCGGGGAUGAGGGGCCUGCUCUGCGGAAGCCCGGAGCCAUGAAUGAACCGUUCUACUUACUGCGGGAGCUUCCUGUGGGAAACGAGCUAACGGGCAACACCAACCUCAUCACGCACUACAACCUGGAGCACGCCUACAACAAAUUUUGUGGAAAGAAGGUGAAGGAGAAGCUCAGCAACUUUCUACCAGAGUUACCAGGUAUGAUCGACUGUCCAGGCACUCAGGACGGCAGCUCGUUGCGCUCUCUGAUUGAUAAGCCUCCAGUGUGUGGGAACUCCUUCAGCCCACUGACAGGCGCUCUGCUCACAGGCUUCAGACUACACACAGGACCGCUACCAGAACAGUACAGACUGAUGCACAUACAGCCUCCAAAGAAGAAGAGCAAACACAAGCACAAACACCAUCGACCACAGGACCCGUUACCACAAGAAACUCCAUCAGACACUGAUCCCAAGAAGAAGAAGAAGAAGCGGGACGACGAUCCCGACCGCAAGAAAAAGAAGAAAGACAAGAAAAAGAAGAAGAACCGCCACAGUCCCGACCACCCCGGCCUUGCUGGAUCACAACCCAACAGCAACAGCCUCAGAUAGACAGGAGCCCACUGUGUGCAUGCCUGUGUUUGAAUGUGUGUGUGACUGUACAUUUUGUAGGAGGAUGUGUGUGUGUGUGUGUGUGUGUGUGUGUGUGUGUGUGUGUGUUUGUUUUACAAAUAAUUGUAUUAUUGGGAGUAUGUUUACUGAGAGAGGGGAUGAAUCAUGUAAAAUGCUUGUAUGAUGUGUGUGAGCGUGAAAGAAGCAGCGACAUAGUGGAUGUGUGUGAUGAGAGAAAGAAAUGUUACAGAACAGUGUAAAAAGGCAGAGAGCCACUAAAGAGCUGUGUGGUGUUAUGUAUGACUGAGCAGGCACCGUAUGUAUGUCCCUCUUUGAUUUUGUUGUGAUAUCUUUUGACCAUAAUGCCAAAAUCAAAUAAACUUUGGUUAUUAUC